CGCAACAUUGCCAUAUGGCAUGGCGAAACCCGUGGCAGACACCCAGUCGCACGAGAACGCCGCCGGCUUCGUGACCGACGAGAACCCCAUUGCGGGCUUCUCGCAUCUGCACGACUCCGGCACCGGCGGCCAGCCGUCCAUGGGCAACUUCCCGCUCUUUGUGCACCCGGGCUGCCCGGACGACGACUUCGCCAAGUGCGCCUACUCGGUCAUGCACCGCCCGACCAACCGGGUGCCGGACUCGGUCUUCGCCGCCCCGGGCUACUUCCGCAUCAACCUGACCAACACGGUCCAGGCCGAGAUGACCGCCACCGCCCACGCCGCCCUGUACCGCUUCGGCUUCUCGGGUAACGCCACCGUCGACGUCUACACCACCGACCUGGACCCGCCCCUCCACGGCGUGCCCUACUCCCCGCUCGUCCUCGUCGACCUGGUCGACCUCAUGAACAGCCGCAGCGCCGGCAGCAUGCGCGUCGACCCGGCCACGGGCCGCGUCGUCGGCCACGGGCGGUACUUGCCGUCCUUUGGCGCCGGCACCUACCGCGCCUUUUUCUGCGCCGACUUCCGCGGCGCCGCCAUCCGCCGCACGGGUACCUUCGUCUCGAACAACGCCACCGAGGAGCCCAAGUCGCUCGACGGCGUGGGCCCCGGCUUUCAUGUGCCCACCGGGUCGGCCGGCGUCUGGCUCCAGUUUGCGCCGCCCGCGAACAACUCGCUGCUGGCGCGCGUCGGCGUCUCGUUUGUGUCGGUGGACCGGGCGUGCGAGAACGCGGAGCGGGAGAUUGGCGACUGGCACUUUGAGAGGGUCGAGAGCGAUGCGCGGAAGGCCUGGAGGCGGAAGUUGGCCGCCGUCGAGGUGGAUGCCACGGGCGUCAGCGAGGAACUGCAGACGACGUUCUGGUCCGGCCUGUACCGGACCAUGCUUUCGCCGCAGAACUACACCGGCGAGAACCCGCUGUGGAAUUCGAGCGAGCCGUACUAUGAUUCGUUCUACUGUAUCUGGGACUCGUUCCGCGCGCAGCACCCGCUGCUGACCAUCAUCGACCCUGCCGCGCAGACCGAGAUGGUGCGGGCGCUGAUUGACAUUUAUAGGCAUGAAGGAAAACUGCCCGACUGCCGCAUGAGUUUCUGCAAGGGGUUCACCCAGGGCGGGUCCAACGCUGACGUGGUGAUUGCUGAUGCCUUCAUCAAGAACCUGACCGAAGGCGUCGACUGGGAUGCCGCCUACGAAGCCGUCGUCUCUGACGCUGAAGUCGAACCCAAAAACUGGGGCGUCGAAGGCCGCGGCAACCUCGUCAGCUGGCACAACGUCGGCUACAUCCCGUGGGACGACACGGACAAGAACGGCACGGGGCCGGCCAGCCGCAGCAUCAGCCGCGGCGUCGAGUACGCCUACGACGACUACUGCAUCUCACUCCUGGCCGCCGGCCUCAACCGCACCGCCGACGCCAUCAAGUACCACCGCCGCGGCGCCAACUGGCGCAACUACUGGAAUCCCGACCAGCGCGACACCUACAAGGACCGCACCGGCGCCGUCAGGCAGACCGCCUUCCAAGGCUUCCUCCAGCCGCGCUUGCUCAACGGCACCUUCCACUACCAGGCGCCGCGCGCCUGCUCCCCCGUCCAGGACAUGCACUCGUGCUACUUCGACACGGGCCUCGACACGUACGAGGGCAGCCCGUGGCUGUACAGCUUCUACGCGCCGCACGACAUGGCCACGCUGGUGAGGCUGAUGGGCGGGCCGGCCGCCUUCGCCGAGCGCCUGCGCUUCUUCCACACCAGCGGCAUCGCCUACAUGGGCAACGAGCAGGCCUUCCUGCCCGUCUUCCAGUUCCACUACGCCGCGCGCCCGGCGCUGAGCAGCUUCUUCACGCACGCCUACAUCCCGCGCCUGUUCAACGCCAGCGCCGGCGGCAUCCCCGGCAACGACGACUGCGCCAUGGGCGCCUUCAGCGCCUUCGCCAUGAUGGGCUUCUUCCCCGUCGCCGGCCAGGACGUCUACCUGCUGACCGCCCCCUUCUUCCCCGAGGUGAGGCUGCGCGCGAGGGCCGACGGCCGGUGGGCCGUCAUCCGGGUCGUCAGCGGGUUUGAUCCCGAGCAGGGGAGGAGGAUAUAUAUCCAGCGGGCGAGGCUGAAUGGGAAAAUCUACACCAGAAAUUGGAUUACGCAUGAGUUCUUUGCAAAAGGCGGGCUGUUGGAGUUGUGGGUGGGCGAGGAAGAGGGUGAGUGGGGGACGGCAGAGGGCGAUUUACCGCCCAGCUAUUAUCCUGAUGGGUGGGAUAAGCAUGGGCCCGAAGGGGAGGAUGAGGUUUAAGGAGAUGGGCGUAUUUUUGAGGACUUGUAUCAUGGUAUCUGUUAUAUUGUUAUAUUGUACAUACAUCAACGUAACGAGAGAUGAUUGCUGCAGCAGAUGCGAAUGGGUGUUUAAUUCGGUCUCAUCAAUCAU